CUCAGUCCCUGCGCACUUCCUUCUGCUCACUUCCCUCUGCUCACUUCAGCUUCGCCUGGUCGGGAAAGGGAGCUGGGGGUUUCAGGGUGUGAAUGACAUGCUCCCUAAAGCGGGGCUCACUAUUCCGCCAAAACACCAGUACUAAAUUCAUGGUUCUCUGCGCGACUGUAGUUCUGAUAAUAUACCGCGAUACGGAGAUACUGCACUGAUACGGACAGCUUAACGCCGCUGUGGUGUUUUAAGGAACAGCCUACUCCUCUGUGAAGUCCCGCCUAAAGCCUCCGGAUCUGCCCACCACCAUUCUCCCAUUCCCAUUUUCACACUCUGGAUUGCCAGCACAGUCAUUAUGAAUGAAGAGGAGGAUGGAGAGCUAAAUAUGACCAAUGAGGAACUGCGGCGCUGGGUUCAGUCGGAGGUGGAGAAGGAUGAGGUGCUGGUGCAGAGGCGGACACAGCUGGCACAGGUGGAGGAGUGGGUGAAGCAGAAAGAGAUUCAUGCCACCUACACCCGUACGCUGUACAACAGCGCCUGCGAGUCAGUACUUGAAUGUGAAUCAGUAAUUAAGGGGGUCUAUGGAAUGCUGGGAUUGGAAUAUCAAGACACGGACUCGGAAGAAGAAGAAGGCGCAAAACCAAAGCAGAACGUCAUACAGAUCCCAGAAGAUCCUAAGAGAGAGAGUGAAGAUGUCUCUGCUGAUGCAGAGGAUGAUUAUGUUGUCAUUGAUUUGGGUGCUGCAGUUCCAGAUACAACAUUAGAGAAGAAGCCAACAGCUGAAGAGCUGUUGGCCAGCCUUCAAAUGUCUUCUGAGCUCUCCCGCAGUUCCCUACCAUGUGUCAAGACCAGAGAGUCCCCUGUUUUUAUUUGUAGUCCUUUACCACAUGACGACACAUCAUCUACAUCUUUCAGACCCGUCAGUUUACCAACAAAGUGUGAACGUAGCCCUUCUAGAAGUCCAGAACCAUCCGACAAUUUGUUAUCAACCAUCAAGACUAGGGAGUCUCCUGUACCCAUUAGUAGUCCUUUAUCACAUGAUGACACAUCUUCUACAUCUUUCAGACCCAUCAGUUUACCAACAAAGAGUGAACGUAGCCCUUCUAGAAGUCCAGAACCAUCAAACGGUUUAUUAACCAUCAAGACCAGGGAGUCCCCUGUACCUAUUAGUAGCCCGCCACCCAGUGAUAUGGCACCUGCAUCCUUUGCAUCACAAGUUUUACCAAUAAAGACAGAGAACAGCCCUUCUAGAAGUCCAGAUCUCUCUAGCAGUUUAUUGUCAACCAUCAAGACCAGAGAGUCCCCAGUACCAAUUAGUAGUGGUCAACCAUCUGUUGAUUUGUUUUCUGAAGCCUUCAAUCCUUUGUCUUUGCCAACAAAGAGGGAACAUAGCACUCCUAGAAGUCCAAAAACAUCUAACAAAUCAUUGCCAAACACCACAAACAGAGAAUCUCCUGCAUUUAUUAAUAGGGUUCCAUCACCUGAUGUCUCAAGUUCUCCAGAUACUACCAGAGGCCCGUCACCCAUGAGUUAUGCUAGUGAAACUCCUCCAUUGGCUACGCCUACUGCAUUAGAGAGUGAUGCAGAGAAUCAUGAAACUAUAGUCAACGAGACACCUGUUUCCGCAAAACAAAGCAGUGAAACUCCUCAAGCACAUCCUAAGGCAGUCUCUAGCAGUACAAGCUCCAAAUUACUAGCAACAAGCACUGCUGAUGAAACCACAGCAAUUGUUACGAUAUCCGCCAGCAAGCCUGUAAACAGUGACACUUCCAGCACCACAGUAAGAUCUGCCAGCACAACGUCAAGUAGCGCAUCUCCAGGUACCACGACGAGAUCUGCCAGCAAGCCAUCAAAUAUCGUAUCUCCAGGUAUCACAACGAGGUCAGUCAGCAAGCCGUCAAACAGUAAAUCUCCAGGUGCCACGACCAAAACUGCAGACAAGCCUUCAAACAGUGUGACUACCAGUAAAACAGUGAAAUCUGCUGACAAGCCCUCAAACAGUGUGACUACCAGUAAAACAGCGAAACCUGCUGACAAGCCUUCAAACAGUGUGACUUCUAGCAAAACAGUGAAACCUGCAGACAAGCCCUCAAACAGUGUAACGUCUAGCACCGCAACAAAACCUGCUGACAAGCCCUCAAACAGUGUGACUACCAGUAAAACAGCGAAACCUGCUGACAAGCCUUCAAACAGUGUGACUUCUAGCAAAACAGUGAAACCUGCAGACAAGCCCUCAAACAGUGUAACGUCCAGCACCACAACAAAACCUGCUGACAAGCCUUCAAACAGUGUAACGUCUAGCACCACAACAAAACCUGCUGACAAGCCCUCAAACAGUGUAACUUCCAGCACCACAACCAACUCAACCCCCGCUGCUAAAGCAUCUUCCUCAGCUACUACAGUCAGCCGUCCAGCUUCUAGUACAACUGCUUCUACUAAGUCUUCAGAAACUAAAGAAGGGACUGAGACCCUAAAUAUUCCUGUUCAGAAGGAGGUGGAGGUCAAAAUUGACAUGGAAGUACUUGCAAGGCGAAGGACCAAAACGUGGCAUAAAGCCACAGUUUUAGAUAUCAAAGAAACAGAUUCUGGGCACAGAUAUAAAGUCAAGUUUGAGGGCGAUAAAGGAAAAAGUAUGUUAUCUGGUCAUCACUUAGCAUGUGUGAACCCUCCUCUGCUGAAGGAUUUGUUUGUUGGUUCUCGAGUGGUGGCCACCUAUAAAGAGAAAGACCAGUCUUGGAUGCAUGCGGCUGUAAUAACAGAGAUGCCAGACCGCAAGAACCGUAUGAGAUUCAUGGUGUUUUUUGAUGAUGGCCAUUCAACCUACGUUUCCCUGCCAGACCUUCGUCUGGUCUGCAAAACAAUGAAGAAUGUGUUCGAGGACAUUGAGGAUGAGAUGUGUCGUACAGAGGUGGUGGAAUACCUGAAAGCAUAUCCAAACCCCAUCUUUGUGGUGGUGCGGGUAGGACAGGAGAGCAAAGUGGAGCGUGAUGGUGAGUGGGAAGACUGCACUAUCAAUCAAGUGGAUGGAAGCCUGGUCGAGAUCUGCUACACAAACGAUAAAAAGAAGGAGUGGUUGUAUAAAGGUUCAAAUAGGUUGGAUCACAUCCAAAGAAUCAAGACGCGGAUGGCUGAGCAAAAACCAGAAACACCUACUAUCAAAGUUGUAAAUACCACAAAUCAGAACACAACCACCACCACCUCUUCUAAAGCUGCUGCCGCUACCACCAGCACCACCACCAGCAGCACCACUGCUACCACAUCUUCAAAAGUCACCACAAAAAGUGUUGCCUCAACAUCUGCUCCUCCGAGUGUCUCCAAAGCUUCUUCUGCAAGUUCUUCUGCGUUAAUGGCUAUGGCAAAGUCUGCUUCCAUAAAACGUCAGCCUAAAAUUGUCCUUGAAAGAAUUACUUUUCCCAUGUCAUUAUCCUCAUCAACGUUCACUGUAUCGAAAACCAGCCUACCAACAGAACCCAGUCCGUCAAACAGAGGCACAAAGCGACCUGCCCCUGCAGACAUUUACCAAAGCACUCCUCUCCCGGUUGCUGGGCCUUGGUUGAAGUAUGUGCCUCAUCGCUGCUCCCCGACCUGUCUGGACCAGGUAAGGCCAGCACAGAAGAACCAACAUCGCGGCCAAAACCCCCUGCUCAUCCCUCUUCUGCAUGGCUUUCGACGGAUGACUGCUAGAAGACGCCUGGAUGGAAAAAUGUCCUUUCACGUCUACUACCGUGCUCCUUGUGGGCAGAGUAUGUGUGAGAUGGAGGAGGUGCAGGACUACCUGUGUGAGUCACGGUGUGACUUCCUCUUCUUGGAGAUGUUCUGCUUGGAUCCUUUUGUGCUGGUGAAAAGAGCUCUGCUCCCUUCCUCCAUGAGCAGCCGACCGCAUUUGUUCUUGCCCGACUUCUCAGAGGGGAAGGAGUUGGUCCCUGUGUCGUGUGUUAAUGAGACUGACGCCACCCGGCCGCCCCCUCUGAACUACACCAGACACAUAGUGUGUGCCCCUGGUGUCGCCAUCAACACCAGCCUGGACUUCAUGGUGGGCUGUGACUGCACUGAUGGCUGCCGAGACAGGACAAGGUGUUCCUGUCACCAGCUGACAGUUGAUGCCACAUCGUUGUUCACUGGUGGUCCGGUAGACGUAAAUGCUGGAUACACACACAAACGACUAACAAGAUACGUGCCCACUGGUGUGUAUGAGUGUAAUCCGCUCUGUCGCUGUGACCCAUGGAUGUGCAGUAACAGGCUUGUGCAGCACGGUCAACAGCUGCGUCUGCAGCUCUUCAUGACUCAGCACAAAGGCUGGGGCAUCCGCUGCAUGGAUGAUCUUUCGAAGGGAACGUUUGUAUGCAUUUUUACAGGCAAAAUAGUAACAGAGACCAUGGCUAGCUCGGAUGCUGUUCAGGCUGGCAAUGAGUACUUGGCUAACCUUGAUUACAUUGAGGAAGUGGAAAAAUUAAAGGAGGGCUAUGAAAGCGAAGCCUUUUGCUCUGAAACUGAAGAAGAGCGCGACAAGAAAACUAUCAGACGGAUGACGACUGUAUCGUCAAAGAAGCAUGCUCUGCCAACGUUGGACUGUAGCAGUGAUGAUGAAUCAACUGUUGAAAAGCUGAAGAAGGUCAGUGCGGGAACUCUGAAAAACACUAAACGAGAUGAUUCAGAGGAUGAGAGUGACCAGUCAGAUUUUUCUGAAGACCUGGAUGAGGAUGAGGAUUACCAAGUAAGCCGGGAUGAAGUAAAGUUCUCAGACGGCGACUGCCAGAGGAGCUACAUCACACGGAGGAACGCCAAGAUUCUGAAGAGUCAUGAAAAAUCCCCCAAGGACAGCUAUCCUGCUCUGCCUCCUAGCAUUUCAGCAGAACAAACGGAAGUGUCCUCAUCUAUGGCCAAACAGAUGAGGAAAGAGGGCCCGGGGGAGUCUGCAACAGGGUUUGCCAAGAAGUCCACUCGCAAUUUUGCAGUGAAGUCCAGCCACCGAAAGGUGAAGCAGCAAGAGGUGCCCGUGGAGACUCCGCCAACAAAGAAGGCAGCACUCUGUAAAAGAAACACCCGCAGCCUGUUCAGUAACGAGAAGGCCUGUUACCUUAUUGAUGCCAAGCAUGACGGCAACAUGGGACGCUAUAUCAAUCAUAGCUGCAGUCCCAACUUGUUUGUCCAGAAUGUAUUUGUGGACACACAUGACCUCCGUUUCCCUUGGGUUGCAUUCUUUACCAGCAAGCGGAUCAGGGCUGGGACUGAACUGACAUGGGAUUAUGGCUAUGAAGUGGGCAGUGUGGAAGGAAAGGUGGUGCUUUGCUGCUGCGGCUCGUCUGAGUGCACAGGGAGGCUACUCUGAGCUCAUCUUUAUUGGUGAAAAGGAACCCUGAGGCAUUACUGAUGGAUCUCUUCUUAUAUGUUCCGUUCUGUACUACCCUGUUUUUAGAGCAGAGGUAUCCAGUUCCACACCUUCCCAAACACACCUACUAAACUUUGUAGCCUGAGUUGAAUCUGAGUAAAAUUAGCAGUUUUGAUAAAGGGAAAGUCUCAAGCUCAGCUGGAUUUAGAGUCCUUACUUUCAGACCUGGACAUCUCUGUUUGUAGAACAUUGAUUAUUGUCUGGUAUUUUCUAGAGGACCAAGAAUAUUGGAGAUUUCUUUGGUACAUUCAGGUUUUUCACCAACUGGUCUGCUGCAAUACAUUUCCCAAGAUUAAUGAGAAUUUCUAGCUGCUGGCUACAGUUUGCGCACAGUAUGCAUCUUUAUAAAUCUAAAUCUAAAUAUAUAUAUACCUUAUAUGUAGAACUAAGAAUUUAAUGUGUUUAUUACAGCAGGUUCUUUGGUUAACUAACAUUGUCAAGUUUGUACAAUGUUUGUUACACUGUAUUUGUUAAUAAAAAAUAUGUGAAUCUUCA